AUACAAAAACUGAUGUGAUUGUUUACAUAGUGUUGUGGCACUUUGAAGCAUUUGCUAACUGAUACAUAUUGUUAUGAUGUGAAGGUUACCUGUUAAUAAAGCAAGUCUGUGUUGGGACGUCGUGAAGAUGGAUAAGACGUCAGAUAAGAAAGAAGAUAGUUCUGUCAAGUUGAAUUAUGUCUGUAGGAACAUUGUCGACUGCAAACAGGGAACGGUGAGAGCUGUGCGUUUCAAUGUUGAUGGUUCCUACUGCUUGACAUGUGGUGCAGAUCGUACUUUAAAACUGUGGAACCCCCACAGGUCACUACUACUGAAGACAUAUUUGGGACACGGAGGGGAGGUCUAUGAUGCAGCAGGGUCUUGUGACAACAGUCAGCUGUGCUCUGGAGGUGGUGAUCGCAUCGUGGUGCUGUGGGAUGUGGCAACAGGAAGGCCCCUCCGACGUCUCCGUGGACACGCAGGUCGCAUCAACUGUAUCCGCUUCAAUGAGGAAUCCAGUAUCAUUGUCUCUGGAUCACAGGACUGCACUGUGCGUUGCUGGGACAUCCGUUGCCGGCAGACACGCGAUGCGGAGAUGGUCUUGGCAGAAUCCUCAGAUGCUGUGACAUCACUGUUCGUCACUGACCACGAGAUAGUGACAGGAUCACUGGACGGAAGGGUACGGCGGUACGAUGUACGAGCCGGCGAACUUGUCACAGACUGUGUUGCCCAGCCGGUGACAUGUGUCAGUCAAACACGGGACGGACAGUGUGUCGUGGUGAGUGGCGCAGAUUCUACGAUCAGGUUGCUGGACAGGGACACGGGGGAGCUUCUCGGAGAGUACCGUGGCCACGACGUGUCUGGCUUUACGACGGAGAGCUGUGUCGAUAAUACGGACCGCCACGUGCUGUCCGGGUCAGCCGACGGCCACGUGUACUGCUGGGACUUAGUGCGUGAGAAGCUGACGGAGACACUGGUGCACGGAGAGGUGAAGGGCAGUGCUAGUGUCGUGUCUUCCCUGAGCCCACACCCACUGCGGUCUGGUCUGCUGUCAGCUGCCGGAGGCACGGUCAAGUUGUGGGGGCCGGAAGAAAGCCCAGACGAUGCAGACGAGGUGUGACCCGUUGCGAGGGUUCUACACUUUUGAUUAAACUGAUUUCUGUUUUAAACUGAUUCUGAUUAAUUACUACCCUGUACAUAAAUGUUUAAUAUUUAACUGAGUACCUAGCAUCGGGUUUCUCAGUGUCAAAAUCAGUGUUGACGGCAGCACUGUACGUGUACAAAACCAAGUUCAUUAAUAUUAAACUCUGAGAUUACCAAUUAAUAAAAUAAUUUCCACACAUUAAAAUACUAAUGUUGAUUUUGUGGAAAUGACAAGAAUAUCCAUUUAUUUAUUGAAAGUGUGACAUAUUGUGUGAGAACUAUAAUAUGGCACAUGGACUGCCUGGUUCUGUCCAUUAGCAGUGGGGAGACUUUGUGCUUUAGUGAUCUGCAGGUGUUCAUUGUCAACUGUGCAGAGUACUAUUAGCCGGUGUUGACUGCAUUGUCUUUUUUUGCUGAGCUGUGCUGCCACGGUCUGUGUGUUGUUGUGCUAUUUUUUGUGAUUUUUUGGAAAAUGAUUGAGUUAGUUAGUGGCCUAUUGCUGGAGUUACCUUCUACUCAAAGUAUGGAAAAGGAAGCCAGUUAUCAGGAGCAGUUCUGGAAAAUGGUGUUGAAAAUGGUGAAGUGCUGUGAUGCUGAGAAAACUGAAAAGGAACUGUUACCUCUUACAGUCGUCCCUCAGAGAGAUGACUUAGACUUGCAAGAGUCUGCCUAGUGUUGCUAUAAUUUAUGAGUGUGCAGGAAUCACCCAGAUGUAUCCGCAGGAAUUCCUGACAAGAAGCAGUUAAUUUCAGUUGCAGUUCAAUUAAACAGUAAUUUGAAACACCUCUGCAUAUGAUCCUAAUUACAUUAAAAUGCGUCCUCUUGUUACUGGCACAGCACUUCAUAUAGAAAGACAGAUGUAUAUAAUGACUAGUAAUACAUUUUGACGUAAAAGGUAGUGCCCACUAUGCAUAAAUUUCCUGCGGUUCUUCAACAGAAAAUGGACUGGAAAUGGAGUACCAUCUCCCUUACCCAAGUGUUCGAUUGAGAAAGGGUGAAAAAAGAUAACUUUGUUAUUGGAACAUUGAACACUGGCAACCCCAGUUGUUCGUGGAAAUGAAAAACAUUAGGAAGGCUGGCACAGAAAUGUUUUAUUUGGAUGAAUCCUGGAUGGACAAUAACCCAAUGUGUGGUAAAUGCUGACGAAAAGAAAGGUGUGGUUAUUACUGUGUGGGGAAGCAUCUACAAAAGACUAAUAGAUGAAAGUGUGGAUUCUAAAACAGGAUUCAUUAGAUAAGCACAGCUAAAGUUUUGUGCCAAAUCUACCCUGGAAGACUACCAAGGGCAGACGAAUUCUGCUAAUUUUGAAAAAUAGUUGGACGAACUUGUGCCUCCAAAUCUUCCUCCCCUAUCCAUAAUAAUCAUGAACAAAGCUCCUUAUCACAACAGUCAAGCCAACAAACCACCCAUGAAAUAUGAUAGGAAACUACCAAUAAGAGAAGAGAAAAAUACAAUAUGAUGAGAACACAACAAGCAAGUGCCACAAAGUAAUUUAUAUGUCGCCAUACAAUUUUGCCUUAAAUGCUGUAGAGCUAGUGUGAAUAAAACACAACAUUACAAGUGAAAUGUUUUCUGCAAAUCUUUUGAAUCAUGCAGGUGGUUGCUUUCACGUUGUUACUGAGGAGGACUGCACAGAGUGUUGCAGAAAGGCAUAAUAGCUCAAGAAGGAGCACUGGAGGCACGGCGAUGUAAUGGAUGUAGCCUUAUUGUCAACAUUGUCACUUCAGACACUAGUGACAAGUAUGAGAACACACUUAUAGGCAAGAAUAAAACUGUUAAGUGUACCGGAGCUUCAGAGAACUAGAGUUCUUUGUUCUAGUU